AUGCCUGUCCAGAAGGGAAACGUCCUGCUCGUCCCCGCCAACGUCGACGCCAGCCACAUGGCCACCGUCCACUGGGAGCAGUCGCUACACCAGAAGAGUGCGCAGUACUACUCCAUCAUCGCCGCUGACAAGAGCCAGGGCAACGCCGAGGUUGUGAUCUUCAUCGCAGCCGAGUGGUACGAGGGCGAGGGUGGCCCCGGCGAACACAUCAGCCACAUUGCCCACAAGGACGCUCAGGGUAUGCCCGCCUCUACCGCUGCAGCCUGCGUUCUCUGA